AUUAAAUCGCGCGCGGUAAAGACAAUCAUACUUUCUGCGGAGGGCGCCUCACCCACGUCCGAAACCGCCCAUCAUGCAUAUCCACCAGAUCAAUAUCCACGGCUUCAAAAGCUACGCGAACCAGACCCAUAUUGAACCUUUCUCCCCUAAACACAAUGUCAUCGUCGGACGCAAUGGAUCGGGAAAGAGCAACUUCUUCUCUGCGAUCCGCUUCGUGCUUGGUGAUGACUACAACCACCUGUCGCAAAAGGAGCGCUCGAAGCUACUCCAUGAAGGAUCUGGCUCCGCAGUCAUGACCGCCUACGUUGAAAUCGUCUUCGACAACCACGACAACCGCUUCCCGACCGACAAAGAGUUCCUCACAUUACGCCGCAGCAUUGGCAACAAGAAGGACGAGUACAGCAUCGACCACAAGAACGCGACCAAGAAGGAUGUGGAGAGCAUGCUCGAAGUCGCUGGCUUCUCACGCGCAAACCCCUACUACAUCGUCAAGCAAGGCAUGGUCACAGAGCUCACAAACAAGUCGGACCAAGCCCGACUGGAACUACUGAAGGAUGUCGCUGGAACGAAGGUGUAUGAUGAGCGCCGGAGGGAGAGUUUGAGAAUCAUGCAGGAGACGGACAAUAAGCGCAGUAAGAUAGAUGAGUUGCUGGAUGGCAUCGAGGGACGGCUGCAAGAGCUAGAGCAGGAAAAGGAGGCUUUGACGGUAUACCAAAGCAGGGACCGGGAGCGGAGGGCCUUGGAGUUCACGAUCCACAAUCGAGAACUGAACAAGAACCAGGAGAAGUUGACCGCGCUGGAGAGCUCGCGUCAAGAACGGAGAGAUCUGGAGGAAGAGCACGAUGCUGAAUACAGGCAGCGCGAGGAAGAGCUGGAUGCGAUUGAUAUGGCUAUCCAGGAGGGCAGGCAGAGGAUCGAGCUUCUGAAUGCCGAGAAGCUUCAGUACAAGUCAGAAUGGGAGGAAUACAUGAAGGAGAAGGGCACACUCGAAUCAGACAUCGCCGAAAUCGCCGAGGGCCAGGGUGCCGCCCAGCAGGCGAAAGUACGCCAUGAAGCCGAUCUCCGGAACCUUCAGCUGCAGAUCGCGAAGAACGAAAAGGACCUCGCCACGAUCACCCCUCUUUACAUCGCUAAGAAGGACGAGGAGUCGAUCGUUGCAGGUUGGCUGAAUGAGGCUGAAAGCCAGCGCGAUCGGCUGUACGACAAGCAAGGUCGCUCUGCACGGUACAAAAGCAAGAAAGAGCGGGAUGACUUUCUCAAUGCGGAAAUCAACAAGGUCAACAUGGAUUUGGGGAGACGAAAGGCUCUCAAGAUGGAAACGAAUGAGAGCAUUGCAGAGCUUGAGAGCGAUAUACAGAAACUCGAAUCCGACAUCGCGACGCGACGCGCCGAAAUCGAUAACUAUGGCGAGCACAGGAUGAGCCUCCAUACCGCGUACCAAAACGCAAAAGAUAAGAAGGACGAGCUGCAGGACCAGAAGAAGGAGAUUGACCGCGAAUUCCAUCAAGUCACCAAAGCCGCAGAUACUUCCAGGAAUGAGCUGAAGAAGGCUGAAGACAACCUGUCUCGGAGAAUGGCGUUUCCUCAGUCACGCGGUAUGGCUUCUGUCCAGCGGAUCCUACAACAAGGACAAAUCGAAGGCAUCCAUGGAAUGGUCGCCGACCUCUUUGAGGUUGACAAUCGCUACAAAACCGCCGUGGAGGUCAUUGCUGGCAUGAGCCUUUUCGACUGGGUGGUAGAUACCGAUCAGGUUGGCGCCCAGGUCAUUGAUGUCCUCAACAGGACGAAGGGUGGCCGUGCCAAGUUUAUCGCAUUGAACCGGAUCACGCCGAGGAACGUGAACUUGCCUAGCGCAAGUGAUGCCGUCCGAUUGAUGUCGAAAAUCCGCUAUGAUGAAGAGUAUGAGGCCGUCAUGCAACACGUGUUUGGCAAGACCAUCGUAUGCCCGACUAUCGAAAUUGCAAGUCAAUAUGCCCGCACCCAUGGCGUGAGUGCCGUCACUCCAGAGGGCCACACUGCCAAGAGGAGGGGAGAAUUGACCGGCGGUUAUAUUGAUACAUCGAAGUCUCGGCUUGACGCUGUUGCUGCAGUCGCGAAAUGGCGCAAAGAGUAUGAAGCGCAAGAAUCGAAGCGGAGGGACCUCCAACGGAAGCGAGAUCAGAUGGAACAACGCAUCACCGCUGCAGUUUCCGAGGAAUGGAAAGCCGCUAACGAGCUGAGGAAGACAGAGAACAGCCAUGGGCCUGCGAAGCAAGAAUUGCGGCGUCUGGAGAGUACUCUGCAACAGACAAAAGAUCAGCUUGAGGAUAGGAAAGCUAGCAUUGCGAACCAUGAUACUGCAGUGGCUCGACUUGACGAACAGCUAGAGAGCUACGAGGCGGAGCUUCAGACCGAGUUCAAGAAAGCGUUGUCGAAGGAGGAGGAGCGGCAGCUUGAGUCGCUGCUCUCCACUAUUCCGGACCUCAACCGUCAAUUCUCAGCGUUGUCCGCUGAGCGAUACAAACUCGAAGGCAAGAAGACUGCUCUCGAGAACCAGCUACGAACUUCAUUCUACCCACAACUAGACGUGCUCACGUCAAGGGAAGAGAGCAGCCAGAGUGGCGCGUCGUCUAGCACCAAACUGCAAGAAGCCCAACGUGACCUAAAGCGUGCCUUGAAGAAGGUUAAGCAAGUGGAGGCCCAUCAAGAGGAGACCGAAAACGCUAUUCGAGAAGCGGAUGAGGGGAUCAAGAGCUUGGAGGCACAGAUGGCAGAGAAGAAAGAAGACCUCGACAGGCUGAGGCGUCAGAAUAAGAGGGAUCGUGAGCAGCUCGCCGAGAGCGCCAAGAACCGGAAGAAGCUCAGCGAGAACGUCAAGGACUUGCAACGGCAAAUUGCGCAAUUGGGCACGCUGCCCGAUGAUGCAUUCGAGAAGUAUCAGAGGUUGAAUGAUGAACAAAUCCUUAAACGUCUCAAAACCGCCAACUCGGAGCUCAAGAAACUCAAAACUGUCAACAAGAAAGCCUUCGAGCAGUACAACAACUUCACCUCGCAGCGCAAGACACUCCUUGAGCGCCGCAAGGAACUCGACUCCAGCCAAAAGAGUAUCCAAGACCUCAUCGCCGUCCUCGACCAACGUAAGGACGAAGCCAUCGAGCGCACCUUCAAGCAAGUCGCCUUCGAAUUCAACCGCGUCUUCGAGAAGCUAGUCCCCGCCGGCACCGGCAAACUCAAGAUCCAGCGCCGCGCCGACAAAGAAGCCGCCAUCGCGCGGGGCGAGGACGACGACGGCGACGUAGAAAUGGGUGGCGUGGACGAAGCAGAGCAGCGACGCAGCGAGGUCGCCUCCUUCGUCGGCGUCGGCAUCUCCGUCUCCUUCAACUCCAAGUACGACGAGCAACAGAAAGUCGCCCAGCUCUCCGGCGGCCAGAAGACCCUGUGCGCGUUGGCGUUGCUCUUCGCCAUCCAGCUCUGCGAUCCGGCGCCGUUCUACCUCUUCGACGAGAUCGAUGCCAAUCUCGACGCGCAGUACCGCACCGCGGUCGCGGGGAUGAUCCACGAGUUGGCGAAUAAGGAGAGCGAUGCCGCGCCGAACGGGGAGGCGAGUGGGUCGGGGAAUAAGAAUAAGGGGACCGGUGGGCAGUUUAUCUGCACGACGUUUAGGCCGGAGAUGAUCCAUGUGGCGGAUAAGAUGUAUGGGGUUAUCUAUGAGAAGAAGAACAGCCGGUUGACGGUGCAGAAGAGGGAGGCGGCGCUGAAAUUUGUGGAUGAGAGCCAGGAGGCUGCGAGGGUGCCGGCGAGGUAAUUGUGGGAUUUCUCAUGGGAUGGGGGAAUUAUGGAGAUGCGAAUGGUCUAAUGAGCGAUGUGGAUGGGUUCAUAUCCGGGAUGAUGGGUGCUUAAGGCGUUUCUUUCCGUCGGACGGCUGAUGAAACAGGGUUUCUGCUUGCCCUAGGGGAUGGGUAGCGUACAGGUUGCUGGGAAGUAUGCUGCAUGCUUCUAUGUACAUUGUGCGGAUCUUCGAAUUUCAUGAGGGUUGAUGUACGAACUACAAAUGGCCCAAUGGAUGAAUAGCUCGGAGCUCGAAAAGUGAUGCCACG